AUGGCGUCCCUCAGGCCGAUUUGCAGAGCGCCUCUGCGCCACCUCUCCUCUCGUUUCCCGCCUUCAAUCGCCCCUCGAGCAUCAUUGCGACAAUGGCGGGGCUACGCUACCACUUUGGAUGCUCAGCAAAAGAUCCUCUCUCAAGACCUUGAACAGGCAGACCCUACCGUCUACGAAAUUAUCAACAGGGAGAAGAAUCGCCAGAAGCACUUUAUCAACCUAAUUCCCUCGGAGAACUUUACCUCGCAAGCAGUUCUCGAUGCUCUCGGCAGUGUUAUGCAGAACAAAUACUCGGAAGGAUACCCAGGCGCGCGAUACUACGGAGGAAAUGAGCACAUUGACGAGGCAGAGCGAUUGUGCCAGGAAAGGGCUUUGAAGACUUUUGGUCUUAACCCUGCCGAGUGGGGUGUCAAUGUCCAGGCUCUCUCCGGAUCCCCCGCGAACCUCUAUGCCUACUCAGCUGUCCUAAACACACACGACCGUAUCCUCAGUCUCGACCUGCCCCAUGGCGGCCACUUGUCCCAUGGCUACCAAACCCCUACCAAGAAGAUUUCUGCCGUUUCCAAGUACUACGAAACCCUCCCAUACAGACUAAACGAGAAGACGGGCAUCAUCGACUACGAAAAAAUGGCUGAAUUGGCCCAUCUAUACAGACCCAAGGUUAUCGUUGCUGGCACAUCGGCAUACAGUCGAUUGAUCGAAUACGAGCGCAUGCGCAAGCUGGCAGACGAUGUCGGUGCCUACCUACUCUCAGACAUGGCUCACAUUUCAGGUCUUGUUGCUGCUGGUGUCAUCCCCUCUCCGUUCCCUCACUCCGAUAUCGUCACCACCACAACCCACAAGUCUCUGCGUGGCCCGCGAGGUGCCAUGAUCUUUUACCGCAAGGGUGUAAGGAAGGUUGACAAGAAAGGAAAAGAGGAACUCUAUGACCUAGAAGGCCCCAUCAACGCAUCCGUGUUCCCAGGUCACCAGGGAGGUCCCCAUAAUCACACAAUUACUGCUCUUGCCGUAGCCCUGCAACAGGCCUCAACCCCGGAGUUCAAAGACUACCAGCUGCAAGUGCUGGAGAACGCACAGGCUCUCGCACAACGACUUGGCGACUCAAAGGAAAAUGGCGGUCUGGGCUACAACAUCGUCUCUGGUGGCACUGACAACCAUCUUGUCCUUGUCGAUCUCAAGGAUCGCGGCGUCGAUGGCGCACGUGUGGAGCGCAUCCUUGAGCUCGUUGGCGUCGCAUCUAACAAGAACACUGUUCCUGGUGACAAAUCAGCCAUGAAGCCUGGUGGCCUGCGUCUUGGUACACCAGCCAUGACCACCCGUGGCUUCCAAGCCUCCGACUUUAAGCGCGUAGCUGACGUUGUGCAUCGUGCUGUCGGCAUUACCCAAAAGCUGGACAAGGAGGCCAAGAAGAAGGCCGAGGAGAGUGGACGCAAGAACCCCACCAGCGUCGCGGCUUUCAAGGAAUACGUUGGUGAAGGUGAAGAUAUUACCGAGAUUCUUGAGCUCAAGAAGGAAGUUGCGGACUGGGUGUCUACAUUCGCAUUGCCAUGGGACAAGGCCCAAUGA